GUGCGUCGGUCGGCGAGAAUGACGCUGUAAAAAACAAAGGGAAGGAAAAAAAAAACACAAAAAAUUAGAGGAAUUAUCAUACGAGGAGACGCGCACCGGAGGAAGCAUAGAGUCGAUAAACCCAAAGCUUAGAUGAACGGUGAGUUGACUUCUUUCCGAUAUUGACCCAAUCAUCUCUCGCCACGUCAUUGGUUACUGCAAUCCAUACCCUGAACCGCCACCUUCUCUGUCUCCCAAAUCGAAAACCUAAUCCGAUCGUCCUCUCCGACCUACAUCCGCCGGAAUAAUACUUUUUGACAUGGACUUCAGGAUUGAUAAUGGUGAAGCUGCUGGGAUGAUGAUGGGGAUUCCUGUUGAGCUUGAGGUUACUACCACGGUUGAGAAUCAUAAUGAAAUGGGUGAAAGCUCUGGUCAAGCAAUGAUUGAGCAAGAUGAUGAUGAUGAUGACAACCAUAAUGAAAUGGGUGACAAUUCUGGUCAAGGUCAAGCAAUGCUUGAGCAAGAUGAGAAGGUGAAUCCUGAUUCUCUUCCUCUGGCAGUUGCAGAUAUGGCAGAUAAUCAAGGGGAUGAGCCUUAUGUUGGGCAGGAGUUCGAAUCUGAAGCUGCUGCUCAUGGGUUUUAUAAUGCGUAUGCUACAAAAGUAGGAUUCGUCAUCCGUGUUAGUAAACUGUCACGGUCAAGGCAUGAUGGAUCUCCCAUUGGCAGGCAACUUGUUUGUAACAAGGAAGGCUACAGGUUGCCUAGCAAGCGGGAUAAGGUUAUUAGACAGCGAGCGGAAACAAGAGUCGGAUGUAGAGCGAUGAUCUUGAUUAGAAAAGAAAACUCUGGUAAAUGGGUUAUCACUAAGUUUGUCAAGGAGCAUAAUCAUCCUUUGAUGCCUGGGAGAGCUCGAAGGGGUUGCAUUUAUGAUCAAUAUCCGAAUGAACACGACAAAAUCCAGGAACUGAUGCAGCAGCUAGCUGCAGAGAAAAAGAGAGCGGCUACAUACAAAAGGCAUCUGGAGAUGCUAUUUGAACAGAUCGAACAGCACAACGAAAGCCUUUCUAAGAGAAUCCAACACAUAGUAGACAAUGUGAGGAAUCUGGAACAGAGAGAUCAUCAACAGAACCACCAAGUAUAG